AUGGAACACAUCGAGUCACUGAUCAAGAAAAACCUUCGUAUUGAUGGGCGCCAUCUCGACGAGUUCCGUGAUGUCAAAUUUUUGUGUCGUGAGCCUGGGAGUGUUGAUCUUCAUAUUGGAGACAGUCGAGCGUUUGGUGAGACAUUAAUAGAAGCUGUCACACCGAUUGGGACUCGUGACUCUGGCAUCUUCCAUGUCAAUGUGAACUUCCUCCAAAUGGCGAAUCCCGACUUUUUGGAUGCAAAGGGCCCGAGAGAUUUGAUAGAGAUAGGACGAGUAGUUGAGAGGGCUUUAUUAUCCACUCGAGCGAUUGACAUUGAUGGACUAGUCUUAGUACGAGGGAAGUUAGUGUGGAGUAUUACUGUGUGUGUUAACAUCAUUAACGACUCGGGCAACUUAAUGGACUUAGUCGCAAUGACUGCGAUCUCGUCGUUACUCACUGCGCUGAAACGCGAAGUCGAGAUCUGUGGAACUGAUGUCAAAAUUUUGACGGUCGAAGAAAGAAAGCCAAAGCCACUUUCUAUUCACCACAUCCCUAUCACUAUCUCCUUCGGUAUCACUGACGAAGGAAUCCCUCUUAUGGACCCGUCCGAUCGAGAAGAAACAAUUUGUAAGAGUAGGCUGACUAUUGCUAUCAACAAGGAGGGCGAGGUCUGCGCAGUACAAAAGAGUGGGACGCCCAUCGCGAUGACGGUGAUCCAGAACUGUUGCGAUAUAGCACUGGACAAAGCACAGUCGGUGAUUGCAUUCAUUACCGAGCAGGUCGACAAGAGCCGUGAGCAGUUUAAAUAA